CUGGCCCGACCUGGCCGCCGGGCGCGCACGCGCAGUGCAGCGCCGCAGCGCCACAGCCCCCAGCCGUCCCCGCGGGCUCCGGCCCCGCACGGGCGUGUCCGCGCCGCGGUGCCGGCGAGGGGACUUCUCUUUAGGUGUCUACUCUGCUGCCUGAUUCUUUAAGGAUUUGAACAAGGGCUGACUUGCCCGACCAGGACAGCUGAGGACAGAAACCGCAGCCAACGACUCGAGCUAGGUGCUGAAAGCAUGCCCAGCUCCUCUAGGCUUGUUUUAAUCGGGCAUCUACAAGGACACGUGUUUCCAGGGUCUUCUAUCGACAACGGCUCACAAAAGCAAACGCAGGCCUAUGCUCUGUGCCUGCUGCGCCCCUUCUCUCGCCCGGUCGGCCGCUGCUGCGUCCCUGUAGUUGUUCAGCGCACCGGCUGCACUGCUGUUCCCAUAUCCGUCCUGAGCAAAGGGACUGACUCGGUGUACGCUAUACAGCAUUAUUCCCCUUCACGAUAUUUUGUUCUCUGGAUCACAAAAACCCGCGCCAGUUUGGAUGUGCCUGCAGCUGUGCUGUCCAGGAAACCGGACACUCUGUUGGACACCAGAGGCCUAUGCUGUUCGCCUGAGGGUGGAGAAUGAACCAGCCUGUUUCUGGGCAGUGGGGCUGGGCAAGUCUAUGGUGACCCUUCCACUUCUUUAGGGACGUCAGCUGGCACCUCCUCCCUGCCCCAAUUUCUCUUUCCCAGGUUCUGCAAGGGAGCAUAGAGGGACCACAUGCCUUCUUGCGCCAGAAACUGCUGUGACUUGAUUACAUUGUGGAGACAAAGAUGCCUGGGAAAAGCCGCCUAAAUGCAACGGUUACCCUGAGGGCCAAAAGGGAACGGAAAGCAAUUACCCUCGACAUAAAAUUAGAAGUGUUAAGAAGAUUUGAAGAGGGUGAAAAACUCAGCCAAAUCGCAAAGGCCUUAGGCCUUGCUGUCUCCACAGUGGCGACGAUCCGAGAUAAUAAAGAAAAAAUCAAAGCGAGUUCACAAAUAGCUACUCCCUUGAGAGCCUCUCAGUUGACUCGCCAUCGAAGUGCAGUCAUGGAGACCAUGGAGCGGUUGUUGCAUGUGUGGCUUGAAGACCAGAGCCAGCGAAACAUGCCCCUGAGUGUCACCAUUAUUCAGGAGAAGGCUAAGAGUUUGUUUGAUGACUUACAGCGUGAACAAGAUGGAAGCUCCCAAAAGGAAAAGUUUAGUGCAAGUAAAGGGUGGUUUGUGAGAUUCAAGGAGCGCCAUAGUCUGCCCCACUUCAAGAUGAACAGCACAGCUCCUGGCAACAAGGACGCUUAUCCAGAAGUGCUGAAAAGCAUCAUUGAAGAAGGAAUGUGGCUUUUGAAGAGAUUGUAGAAGCUGACGUGGACCAGUUGCUACGGUCCCAUGAGGAAGCGCUCUCGAAUGAGGAG